GCUGCAAAACUGCGAGAGAAGCGGUGAUUGAAGAGGAUAGCAGAGCGGCGGUGGCGACGACGACGGCCAUCUUAGAGCUACCGUGGUAACCGACACACUCAUCUCCUGGAUUUAAUUUUUCAUGUGAGACAAACACUCCGCCUGACUGACGAAGGGAAGAGGAAGAAUAAGACGGCUGUUUUUAACUUCGCCGCGGUUGAACUCGAAGUCGGGAUGCGGUUCCGAGGGAACAAGCAAUUUGCAUCCGCAGUCGGACUGGUCCUCGGACUAUUAUGUGCGGUGGAGGCAGCUAAAGUUAAUAAGCACAAACCGUGGAUUGAGACAACGUACCAUGGGAUCGUAACAGAAAAUGACGACAAAGUUCUUCUGGACCCUCCUCUGAUUGCACUGGACAAAGAUGCUCCUCUACGCUACGCAGAGAGUUUUGAGGUGACCCUCACUGAAGAAGGUGAGAUUUGCGGCUUCAGGAUCCACGGGCAGAAUGUCCCUUUUGAGGCAGUGGUCCUGGACAAGUCCACUGGAGAGGGGGUUAUCAGGGCAAAGGACAAGCUGGACUGUGAGCUGCAGAAGGAGCACACCUUCACCAUCCAAGCCUACGACUGUGGAGAGGGUCCUGAUGGUGCCAACAUGAAGAAGUCUCAUAAGGCCACUGUCCACAUCCAGGUGAACGACAUCAACGAGUAUUCACCAGUGUUCAAGGAGAAGUCCUACAAAGCCACCGUCAUCGAGGGAAAGAAAUACGACAGCAUCCUGAAGGUGGAGGCGGUGGAUGCCGACUGCUCGUUCCAGUUUAGCCAAAUCUGCAACUACGAGAUUGUGACCCCUGAUGUGCCCUUCACCAUCGACAAGGAUGGCUUUAUCAAGAACACAGAAAAACUGAGCUAUGGCAAAGAGCGCAUGUAUAAACUGACCGUGACCGCCUACGACUGCGGAAAGAACCGAGCCUCUGAGGACGUGCUGGUGAAGAUCAGCGUCAAGCCCACCUGCAAGCCCAGCUGGCAAGGCUUCAAUAAGAGGAUUGAAUACGAGCCUGGCACUGGUAGUUUGGCCCUUUUCCCCAGCAUGCACUUGGAGACCUGUGAUGAGCCAAUCACGUCCAUCCGGGCCAGUAUUGAACUGGAAACCAACCAUAUUGGAAAGGGCUGUGAUCGUGACACCUACUCUGAGAAGUCUCUGCAUAAGUUGUGUGGAGCCAGCUCCGGCACUGUGGAGCUCCUUCCUGCUCCCAGCAGCUCUGCUAACUGGACCGUAGGGCUGCCAACCGAUAACGGCCACGACAGCGAUCAGGUGUUUGAAUUUAAUGGCACCCAGGCCAUUAAGGUUCCUAAUGGUAUGGUGAGCACCAGCCUGAAGGACCCCUUCACCAUUUCUGUGUGGAUGAGACACGGCCCUGGGGCCCACGAGAAGGAGACCAUCCUCUGCAACUCUGACAAAACGGAGAUGAACAGACACCACUACUCGCUCUACGUCCACAACUGCAGGCUGAUCUUUCUCCUACGCCAGGAGCCAUCUGAGGCAGAGAACUAUAAACCCGCAGAGUUUCACUGGAAGCUCGACCAGGUGUGUGACAAAGAGUGGCAUCACUAUGUGCUUAAUGUGGAGUUCCCCACUGUUUCUGUUUUUGUGGAUGGGACUACCUUUGAGCCCUUCCUGGUUACGGAGGACUACCCACUGCACGCCUCCAAGAUAGAAACUCAGCUCACGAUUGGUGCCUGCUGGCAAGAAAACUCAGGACAUGACAAUGACACUGAGACAGUCUCUGAGCCCAGUUCAGGUGGAAAUGCUCGAAUGGCGCAGUUUUUCCGCGGUAACCUAGCGGGGCUGAUUAUCCGCACCGGCAAGCUGGAGAACAAGAAGGUGAUCGACUGUUUGUACACGUGCAAAGAAGGACUGGACGUGCAGCUGCCUGAGGAGGUAGCUUCAGCUAUCAAGGUGGAAUUCAACCCCAACCAGUCCUCUCUGACUGUGGAAGGUGACGACAUCGAUGCCUUUGACAAGGUCAUGCAGCACAUCUCCUACUUAAACUCCCGCCAGUUCCCAACUCCUGGAAUCAGGCACCUGCGUAUCUCAACCACAGUGAAAGUGCUCCAAAUCUUUCUCCUCAAUCGUUUUUGUGCUUUUGUUCUUUCAGUCCAAGAGACGGUGGUGUCGGAGGAAAUCAUGCACAACCUGGACACGUGUGAAGUGACUGUGGUGGGAGACGAGCUGGACGGAGAGCACGAGAGCCUUGAAGUGGACAUGUCCCAGCUGCAGCAGCGCAGCUUAGAGAUGAGCUCAUCCAACAUGGGGCUCGUCAUCACCGGUGUGAACACCAUGGCCAACUACGAGCAGGUCCUGCACCUUAUCCGUUACAAGAACUGGCACACCGAGGCUCUCUUUGACAGGAAGUUUAAACUGGUCUGCUCUGAACUCAAUGGUCGCUACAUCAGCAACGACUUUAAGGUCGAGGUUAAUGUAAUCCACACAGCCAGUCCCAUGGAGCAUUCCAACAAUGCCAUGGUGCAGCCCAACUUCAUCAACCCUGUCCAUCACGCCUCUGUGGAUCUGUCUGGGCAUAAUUUGGUCAACGCUCAUCAGGCCUCAGUGGUUCCGAGCGCUGCCACCAUCGUCAUCGUGGUGUGCGUCAGCUUCCUGGUGUUCAUGAUCAUCCUGGGCGUGUUCCGCAUCCGAGCUGCACACCAGCGCACCAUGAGGGACCAGGAAAACGGCAAGGAGAACGAGAUGGACUGGGACGAUUCAGCCCUCACCAUCACCGUAAACCCCAUGGAGACGUACGAGGACCAGCACAGCAGCGAGGAGGAGGAGGAAGAGGAGGAGGAGAGCGAGGACGGCGAGGAAGAAGAUGACAUCACGAGCGCCGAGUCAGAGAGCAGCGAAGACGAGGAGGGCGGCGAGCCGGAGGACCAGCAGGGGGCCAGCAGACAGCAGCAGCUGGAGUGGGACGACUCCACCCUCACCUACUAAACACACACAAGACACCCAAACAAGAGCUCCCGACACACACAUCAGAAAUUCACUCAUACUCCCUGCCUCACGCACACACUCACACACACAGCACUCCCUGCAGUUUCAUGUCUAGGAGCCAUGAUGUAAAAACUUAACAAAAAUAAAAAAAAUCAAGAAAAGGAGAAACAUAAAGUCCCUUCAGCGUAUAUAUGGUCAAGGUUUUCCUGUUGUUAUCUUAGUGGUGGUACUCAGUGUAGUGUAGUCAUCACCAGAUUGCUGACUUUUUUUUAUUUAUUAUAUUUUAAUUCCCAGGAAAACCUGGCUUACAUUGGAACUGUGUGAGGAAGCCAACCCUGCACUUUGUUUGUUUUCUCUCAGAUGUACGGCUUUGAAGAGCAGAGCAAUCGCUUCUCCUGAUGUAUAUUCUUUGCUAAUGCUUGUAGAUUUAUUCGCUAAACUCACAACUAGCUCCGACUUGGGUUUUCUUGACUUGUAGUCCACAGUGAAUCGAAAAUGAUGCUUUUAACAAGUAGACUGCAUUUUUCUCUUCCAUUUCUUUUUUUUGUUUUUCUUUUUAGUGCAUGGAGAAAUUUUGGGGAAGUCAUGUGUAGAGAAAUAAAUUGCUUUUUAAAGAUUUUUGUAAAUAUAAUGAAACCAUGUAAUUAGUCAAUGUGUUAGUGAAGACCUAAUCAAUGGGGUCCAAUAUCUACGAUUAUGUAAUGUAGACUAUUUGUGUCACACAGGCUGUCGCAGCAUGCCGCUGAAUUUCUGCAAAAGCUGUUCCAUCACGCUUGUACAAAAUGUCUCGCUUCACGAUGCGAAACCGAGGACUGUUCAGCGGUUUCCAUGACAAAAACGUGUCCAUUUCGUCCCUUUUCUUUAAUCUUUUGCGAGGAGUAAAGUAGUUUCUUUUGCUUUCUCGUAGGCGGAGGACUUAGUUGACGGUUUCAGCUUCACAUGAUGCUUUUGCUUCGCUUGCACGCGUGGCAACGCUCUACUCAUGGCUUUAGUGUUGUUUCAUUCCCAGCAGAUCUCACUGAUGUACACUACAGAGGGAAUCUUCUUUCAGUUUCAGAAAAUGUCGCGUGGAAUCACAAAGAUCGGCUCAGCAUUGCCGUUCGUGGUGAAAAUAAGGGUACUAAAAUGUCCUCAGCAGCUUUAAAACCUUUGUCCCUGUCCCAGUCCCUGUUGUGGUUCAAGGAGAAACCCUUUCAAGCUACUGAAAGAAAAUGUUUAUGAGCUUUAGUGGAGACUGGCUGAAUCGUUGAAUUGCUGGCAAUGUUUUCUUUUCUUUUCACGGCACGGCUAUUUUACCUAAAAUAAUAAUACAUAGCCUGUAUGAGGUAUAUUUUUAAACUGCUUAUUGCUGAAGCUUUGUUGACGACGAUGCUUACGGCAGGAAAACACUUUAAAAAUGAAUCUUUGAAUCUUAAAGUGAGAUAUUUUUUUGCAGUAGACCACUAGAUUUUAUUGUACAUGAAACUGUACUGUAGAGUUGUUCAAAGAUAUUUGUUUACAUUUGGUAAACUUAUUUUCCUUCGGGUAUUAGUAUGAAGCUUACGAUUGGGAAAGUGUGUCCGACCUCUUGUCUCCUCUCAGACACUGUUGUCCAUAACUUGUAUAUAAUCUUUCACCAGAACAGAUAAAAACGUGCCGUCACACUGAACGAUUUUAGUGUUAGUCUUUUAUGGGGGGGUACAGAGUAAAAUAAUAAGCGUUUCCCAAACAUGCAUUUAUUACGACCAUGUUUGGGGCAUUGGAUUGUGCAGAAAAUGGCAUUAUCGGGAUUGGAAAAGUCUAUGCUUGCAAAUCCAUUUUCAGAGGCCAAAAUUGAUUAAAAACACCUUCAACGCUGCUUAUUAUUAUUAUUAUUAUUAUUGUUGUUGUAAAAAGUUUCCAGGCUACUUUUGUUUUCAUCUCAGUGAAUCCAUUUGAUUUUUUUGAUUUUUUUUAAAAAAUAGGUGUGUAUUUGAAACGUAGUGAACAGUCUCCCUUCCAUGAUGACUUUGGCUUGUUUUAAAAAACUAAAAAACUUAAAAAAAAAAAAAAAAUUAAAAAGGGGGGGCGCCAGGUCUGAGCCGGCUGAGAUGGGAGUGCCUUUUGCCGAUCAUAGCGUAAUUAGCUGGUCUAACAAACACACUUAUCCGUGCUCUUUUAUUUUUAUUUUUAAUGCUAGAUUUCUUUCGUAGCUGGGGAGACGUUUUCUCUCAGUUUCUCGCGAGAAUAGGCCGACGCUAGUUUUAUUACAGGUGAAAACAUUUUACAUAGAUGUCACGUGUCCUUGUUGAUGUGUAGAGGAGUAGAUCCACAUCGUAUCUUCUAUAGAUAUUGUACUUAAAAAUCAUAUUGACGGAAUCCACCUUUAAAAGAUGUACAUUAUGAAAUUGCUUUGGCAGCAUACAGCGUGUAUACUGACCUAUUUGUGUAUAGUGGAAGGUGAGUUUCUUUUUUCUUCUUUUUAACGGUGUCCUGUUGCUUGAGCUGUUGAGAAACUUUUUUUUAAUUUUUUUUGAGGGCAGCAUGAAAUUUCACAAGAGUAUAUAUGCCUGUCGGUGACGCAAUUCUCACGGUUUCAUUGUGUCAAACACUUCAUGUCCACAUUUCAGCUACAGUUCAAAGGUUAACUAGCAUCUCGCUUUUCGGGUUGUGCGCCCCCAAUGAAUGUCACUGCCUAACAAUCUGAAAUGCAGCCAUACUGUAACAACAUCAAGAUGAAGUAAGGAAGGGUGGGUGGAUGGACAGGUGGGUGGGGGUAUAUUGACUUUGCAUGAACCACAAGUGUGUGUGUGUACGCUCCACGUGGGCCUAUGAGACCGGAGUGAGAAAGGAGACGCGAUACACUACUGAUUCUCAGAUUGUCUGUUUCACACAUCCAUGACACUCCAGAAAUUUUUUUUUCUUCUUUGUUUUAAAAUCUGCUCAAAAUGGACGGUGACGGUGUUUUCAGCGUGGUUGGAUGUUUCCUUUGUGCUUGUUGGAGCUGCUCUCUUUUCUACCAGUUGAAAGGCAAAUGUAGUGAGGUUGAUGCUUGCUCGUAAACAAAAUAAAGGAAGAUGAGAUGGGGUAUAA